AUGGCAAACUAUCUCUGCGAAGAGAAAUCUUCAUGUGCAAACUUUCAAUCAGCUAUUUGUCUUCAUUGUAAUCUUCGGUUAUGUCUUUCGCAUAUAGCCGAACAUAAUAAGCUCAUUUACAGUAAUGUAGAAGAUCUUUCUGAGGAAUUGAAUGCGACAUCUCAACAAUUGAAGGAGACAAGUGAAAAAAGUAGAAUAAUUUUCAAUGAUGCUCUGUCAGCAUUGGAAGACUGGCGACGAAAACAACUCGAACGAGCCGAAGAUAUUUACAAACAACAGCUGGAGACUAUUAACGUUCAACGUCAGUUUGCAGAACAAUUCUGUCAGCAAUUAACUCAACGGUUGGAUCAAGAUGUUCAGCAACAGUUGAAUCAAAUCAAAAUCCAGCAAAAUGUGAGUGUAGGUGUACUUAAUUUCAUCCGACAAACGAUUCAAAAUGUUCACAAUGAAAGUACAAAACUGACGGAUGUUUUUGCGGCGCUACCGAAGAUCGGCUGGGAACGAUCUCCUUCCAGUUCGAUAGCGACGGAUAUCAGAAAGAUAAGUUCAACGACAACGACGCAUUCGUCGAGCGAGACGGCUACAAAACAAUGUCUUCCCUUUCGUCGACUUGUUCAAAUGUUUUCAAAUCUAUCGUCAAUCGAACAAAGUCGAAAAGACAUUGAUCAACACAUUCGAAGCCAAGGUCCAAACUUUCGCUUGCCUAUUCUUGUCUGUUCGUUUCUUGAUGCUUGGUACAGAAAAGCGAAAUUGAAUCAAAAGGUCCUUCUUCUCAACGAAUAUGUACUGACAAUUCGAAAGUACUUGGCGAAUCGAACGAAUGAAUACGACAUUUUAUAUGGUAUUCAAGGCUUUUUUUAUUAUAUUAAAUCAACGUCAAACAAGAAGAAACGGUUGAAUGCGUCUAUAUUUGAUAAAAAUCAGCAAGGUGAUGUACCGGCCCAAUGUAUGAUGACCUUUUUAUUACAAUUUUUUAUCAAUCAUCACUGUAUCACUGGUAAAUUUAUUCGUGAUUGGUAUCAUAAUAAACACAAGAAUCCAUAUCGAGGAUUUACAACAGCCAAACAAUUGGCAAGGUCAUUUAUGCAAUCAAUCACAUCCGAACUAAUAGGUAAAGAUGUUCGAACAGUAUCGAUCAGCACAAUGGAUGCUGAACGAAUGGAAAUUAAAGUUGAACCAUCAAAUGAGUAUGUCGAAGAGACAUAA